CUGUAUUUUCUUGUGUUCAGGAUGUUUCUCAAAUUUUGCGAAUAGACCUUUAUUUGUGACGGCCAUCGGAAGAGAGGUGUUGGGUGUGCGUCAUGAUGGCGGCUGGAAACAUCGAAGAGGUGGAAGACGGCACCAAAUCGAAACCGGAUCUGCGAAUGACUGAAAUCAAGCAACGGUUUAGGAUCAGAUCAAAGCAGCAUUCGGACUUUCAAAGUAGCCAUUCGAGUGAAAUCGCUGAUAUGUCCUUCUUUGAGUCGGAUUGCAGGAGGGUCUACAAGAAGUCGACUCCGAACGGGAAGCUGUCGCUGUAUUUGAAUAACCGGGAAUUCCCGCUCAAGGCUGGAAGGACGACCGUGGUGGACGGACUGGCUGUGAUCAACCCUGCUGCUGUCAAGGACAGGCUUGUAUAUGCACAGGUGCACCUGAAUUUCCGCUACGGACGCGAGGAUGAGGAGGUGAUGGGACUCACGUUCUCCACUGAGGCUGUGUUGUCAUCCGAGGUGAUUUACCCUCCGGAACAAGCCACCAUCAAGAACCACAUGUCCCGGUUCCCUUUGACCACGUUCCAGGAUGUGCUGAUGAAGAAGAUCGGCGAGGAAGCGAUCCCGUUUUUCUUUGAAAUCAGCGAACUUUCCCCUCCGAGCGUCCACUUGAACCCAGCCAAACAGUACGAGGGAUCCCCCAUCGGGAUUUCGUACGACGUCUAA